AUCCUCGCGGAGCAUACGUAGAAGCCGCGGACAUCAAGCACACCGCCAUAUCCUCGUCUGAUGUCCGUCGUCGGCUUGACCUUCCCAUUCCCUCCUUCUUCGGCUGCAGCGCCAACUCAGCGUCGCCCCUGCUCCGAAACGCGGACAGACCGACCUGGUGUCCCAAGCAGCACGACCGUGCCGUUAAUCCCGAACUGCUCAAACACCGCUUUGAUGGCGCACGCCACCGCAACGCCGGAGAUCGCGAUCAGGUUGUGCCCGCAGCCGUGGCCGAUGCCCUGAAUUCUGCACAUCGGCACCAGAGAGGUAUAGGUUGAGCAGAGCACUAACAGGCAAGGCGUCCAUCUGCAUCGCGUGUGUGAGUGGCGGCUUCAAGAACACGGAGGGAACCUCAUGCACCUCGGAAUUGACUCCCACAGUCCGCCCGCCCUUCCCGCUGGAGA